AUGUCUCGUGAGGAAAGGACAGGAGGGCCGCAGUCCCGAUCAUCUCCUAGCGGGUCAACCACAUCUGCUCCCUCCGGUCGGAAUGCGUCUACGAAUCGAGCGGAAGAGUGGUCUGGUGUAGAAGACCCCAGUGAACGGAGGAAGAUACAAAACAAAUUGGCUCAGAGACGGUUCCGCGAAAAGAUUCGAGAACAGAAGGAGGAGUCCGAGCGCGAAGCGGAGAAUCAGCGGCGUGCUGGGAAUGCCUACGCCACUCCGGAGCCUGGAGACAUUGACACUGGUAGUAAUGAGCUUUCGGGCUUGCCCUGGGGCGGCGUUUCAAUGCGGCACAUUGUGGAGACAGGCAAAACAAAGGAUCAGAGCUCUCGACAGAGCUCUCGUGAGAAUUCUGUAUAUGCCUCCGCCUCUCGGACCGGUGGCAGUAGCAGGUGA